ACGCAAUGAUUAUAUAUAUAUAUACUGUUGUCCAAUAAGAUUUAAGAUAUUGACGCAUUUCUGUUGGUAGCCCUAGUUAGUUUUACAAUUUUGAAUAGUAUGAAUGAUAUUGAUGAUAAAAUAAUUGAUCAUGAAAAGGAAGUUGAGACUCGGAAAUCAGCAGAAGAGAUGGACGAACAACGUCAAAAAACUCUUGCUUACGAGUACCUUUGUCACUUAGAGGAAGCUAAAAAAUGGCUGGAAGCCUGUCUGAGAGAAACUCUCCCACAAACUAUUGAAUUAGAAGAAAACUUAAGGAACGGGGUAUAUUUAGCAAAACUUGCACAUUUUAUGGCACCUGAUUCUUUACCCUUUAAUAAAAUUUAUGACCCUGAACAGAAGCGUUAUACUGCGGUUGGUUUACAGUUUCGUCAUACAGAUAAUAUUAAUUAUUUUUUAAAAUCCUUAAAAACUGUGCAAUUACCAUUGACUUUCCAACCAGAAACUACAGACAUCUAUGAUAAAAAAAAUAUGCCACGCGUUAUAUAUUGCAUUCAUGCUCUUAGUACUCAUUUAUUCAAACUUGGUAGAGCUCCACAGAUUCAGGAUUUGUAUGGAAAAGUGAACUUCACUGACGACGAAAUAAAUGCUGUUAGUAAAGAAUUGAAGAAGUAUGGAAUUCAAAUGCCUUCGUUCCAAAAAAUUGGCGGAUUAUUAGCGAACAGUAUGGAGAUCGAUGCUGUCACGCUUCAUGCUGCGGUAAUAGCAAUUAACCAGGCCAUCACAGAAAAAGAUAAUGUUAAAAUGUUAAUGGCGCUUCAGAAUAAAGUAGUGCAAAUAAAUAAUAUUAACCCUCUCUACAUUAAGGAAUAUGGCGAUACAUUAACAGAGGCAAAGUAUUCUAAGCAACAGGCUGCUCUUAAUAGAUCUCUUAACGAUAGUUAUGUGCCAGAUAUUUAUGAUGAAUUGUUAACUCAAGCAGAAAUUCAGGGACAUAUUAAUUAUGUUAAUGUCGAGUGCGCAGUGAAAAACAUAAGUCGGUCAAUUCAUCAUAACAAUAACGAGUUCGUGAAUGCACUGAGAGCAUCUGCUUUGUGUUUAAAAAACAUUAAGCAUGAAAAUGCUGAAUUAUAUAAAGAACAGUUAAUGCAGUUACUAGAAAGUUCUGAAUGGAAUAAUAUGUAUUCGGAAAGCAAUCAUCAUUUGAAACAAUUGCUUCAGAAAGAAAUUGAUAAAUCAAAUGAAACAGCGCUUAAAUCUCGGAAACGUGAAGAAGGCGUUAAACUCUUAAACUCAACUUUACAAAAUGGUUUGAAGAAUGAGUUCUCUGAGGCCUUAAAAAGUCCGAAAUUGGGAUUGAUCGAACAAAUCGAUGAUUUUGCAAUACCAUUAUAUUACGAAGAAAUGAAAAUCGAUCGUACGGAAUCUCAGAACGACCUUUCAUAUAGUGAUAUUGUAGUGAGUAUUCGUGUAUUGUCAGUGAUCGCAGCGAUCAGUAAAGCUGUAGAUACGGGAAAUCCAGAUUUAGUUUAUCAGUCAUUAGAAAAUCCAGACUGUCAUGUUUCUGGUUUGGAUCAUGAAAACAAAGUGAAGUAUUAUAGAGCACUGUCAGCAGUUCGAUGUGAAAAACAAGCAAUUGCUGAGGAAUGUCCUUUGCUAACGUACAUCGAUAUCCAAGAGUGUAUAGAUGCCGUAAAUCAACAGCGUCAAAAUGACGACGAUGUAAUACAAGUUUUACGUCAACUAAAUGCGGCUGUUGUAGAGAAUGAUCGAGACGGAAUUAUAAUUGCUUUAAAAGAUACCGCUUUGAAGUUGCAGAAGUUUACUUCGCCAGAAGAUGCAUCUCUCUAUUUGAAAUUAUUUAAAAAAUGCCUUACUGAGAAACAUUUUGAUGGUUCUGAAUUAUGGUUAGAAGAUGUAGAAACGAUAACAAAAAUCGUUGCUGCGGAAUCUGAAAAUGUCCAAAAUGCGUGUACGUUUCUGUCACAAGUAAAUUUAGGUUUACAACAAAACGAUAUGUUAUUCACAGUUGAUUGCCUUCAGACGUUUGGUUUUAAAAUAUCAGAUAAAUACAAAACAGAGUGCUUUCAAAGUUUAUGUAACUUACAAAAAAUGAAGAGUAAAAAGUACAAUUGUGCUCUAGUUCGUUAUAUCACUCCUAAAGGCAACGAAUCGUACUUGGAUUUGAAAAAGUAUAAUUAUACUUGGGAUUGUCCAAAAAAUAUAUCGGAAACAUAUUAUAUCAACAUGGAAGAUAUCAAGGAAAUAAUAAAAAGUACUACCGCAAGAGAACACGAAGAGCAUAAAAUCAGCAAACGGAUAGUUCGAUUGCAAGCUUGCAUACGAGGAUAUUUAUUACGAAAAAAAAUUUCUGUUAGAUUUGCAUAUUUUUAUGACAACGUAGAUAAAGUUAUUAAAAUACAAGCCUGGUGGCGCGGUAUAUUACAACGUAAACGAUACGCCAAAUUAUUAACAGAAAGAAGAAAUUAUAGUAGUGAAAAAUUUUCCAGUAACUGUUUAAGAAUUAAAAAUAAGUAUGCAAAUGUAUUAGAUUACUAUAAACAACAUGAGGAAAAGAUAAUAAAGAUACAAGCUUUGUGGCGUGGCCGUGCAGAAAGACGAGCGUUUCACUCAUUGUUGUACAUGGAAAAACCACCAUUUCCUGUUGUCCGACAUUUUUCUGCACUUCUAAAUUUUAAUGCAGAAGAUUAUGACAGAGAUUUACAAUUACAACAAUUAAAACACGAAGUGGUACAAAACAUACGGCAUAAUCAAACUUUAUCGCAACAAUUGGAUAGUAUGGACAUAAAAAUUGGUUUGCUUAUUCAAAAUAGGAUCACGCUACAAGAUGUUGUAGCACAUGGGAAGAGUUUAGAAACACUUGCGAAGCAGAAAAAUUCAACUAGAGAUCAGAAGAAUGUUUUAUCAGAUAGUACUAUUUCGCAUAAAGGUUUGAAAUCUUUAACAAAAGAAGGUCGAAAAAUGUUAGAGGGGUAUCAGCAUCUAUUCUAUGCGUUACAAACUAAUCCAACAUAUUUAUCGAAGAUUUUAUUUCUUUUGCCGCAAAGCAAAACGAAUAAGUUUCUUCAAAAUGUUAUUUUAACGUUAUAUAAUUUCGGAUCAAAUAUAAGAGAAGAGUAUUUAUUAUUGAAACUUUUUGGCAGUGCAUUACAAGAAGAAAUUAGGUGUAAAUUUCAAAAACCGUCUGAAGUCGUAACUGGAAAUCCACUCGUCUUAAAAAUGGUAGUGAAUUACGCACGACAAUUACAUGGUCAAAGAGCUUUACGACAAAUUGUUGGGCCAAUCAUUGAAAAGAUAUUAGCCGACCGAACAUUGAAUAUAGAAACGAAUCCCGUUGAUAUUUAUAAGUGUUGGAGGAAUCAAUUAGAAAUGGAGACUGGAGAAACACUGAAUCUUCCAUAUACGGUAACGCAACAACAAGCUUUAAAUUACGAACAGGUACGAAUCAGAUUAAAUAAAGGGAUUCAAUUGUUGCAAAGUACCGUCUUAGAAUUCUUAACUAAAAUAACAGAAUCUCGAGAUCUAAUACCAUACGGAAUGUUAUACAUGGCGAAAAUUUUAAACGAUUCUUUGACUGAAAAAUUUCCAAACGCUCCGGAAAAAGAUAUUCUCAAAGUAGUUGGAAACUUGAUUUAUUAUCAUUUCAUUAACGCAGCUAUCGUAGCUCCAGAUGCUUUCGACAUAAUUACCUUACCGAUUGAUAGAUCAUUGUCAAACGAUCAAAGGAGAAAUUUAGCCAGCAUUGCAAAAAUACUACAAUUUGCUGCUUCUAAAAAGGGGUUUGGAGAGGAAGCCACACAUUUAGUGUGUCUGAACUCUUUUAUAAUCGAAUGCCACGAAAAAUUUAAAAAAUUCUUUCGUUUUUGUUGCCAAAUUGAAGAUUUGGAAGAACAUUUCUGUAUUCAUGAGUACACCGAGGCCACGCUUAUUCAGAAGCCUGAGAUCUAUAUUUCCUUACAAGAAAUUUGCGAUACUCACUGCCUCAUGUUAGAGUAUCAAGACCAAAUAGCGCCAGAUCCAAUGGAUCCCUUGCAUGAUUUGUUAGAUGAUUUAGGACCUGCACCUACCGUCGCAUCUCUGCUAGGAAUCUCCGAUACGAUGUGUGAGGCAAAUUUAAUACGGUUUGGAAAAACGGAGGUAUGUCUGGUACUUACCAACAAAUUUCAAGUACCCGAAGAUGAAGAUGCUAGUUUAAACAAACUUUUUAUAAAAACUAAAGAGCUAUUGGUUUCUGUACUCCAAUUCUUGAAAGGACAAACACUAGUAGAGGCUUUGGAAACCACUUGUUCUCCUGUUCAAGAGAAACUCUAUGAUGUUAAGUGUUCUAGUUUAUCGCCCACUCUAAGUAUCAUUCACAAAAGUUCGUCUUUAAAUGAUUGUAAACUUCAACUUCGUGCUUACCUUAAUAAACUUGAACUUGGAGGAUGGGUGAGUCGAUCGGAUGGAUAUCAGACUAUUAUAACAGCCGUAUCUAAAGAUCUUUGUAACAAAGGAAAGUACCGAAUCAUCCGAAAUAAAGAAUUACAAACUUUACGCAUAACUAAACAAAGACUGGAAGAAAAGUGCAAAUAUUACCAGGAACAGGUAGAAUAUUAUAACGAAUAUAUACAACGUUGCUUGGAGAACUUGCAUACGGGAAAAGGAUCUUUACGAGCAUUUAAAGCCAUUCAAAAGAAUAAUCAUGGCAAGUUACGGUCUAAAAUGACAUUGAAAUAUUCAGCGGCCAAGCUACAAGAGAAAGGAAUAUUAUUAGAAGUGGAUGGACUUCCACAAUCACAAUUUAAGAACGUAAUUUUCGAGAUCAGCCCAACAGAGCAUACCGGAUUAUUUAAUGUGCGGUGUAAAUUUAUGGGAGUAGAAAUGGAGAAAGUUGAUAUUGAUAUACAAAAGCUGCUUGAACUACAAUUUGAGGGUUCACCGAUUAUGGACAUGUUCGGUAAAGCGAAAGUUAACGUGAACUUAUUACUAUAUUUACUAAAUCGAAAAUUUUAUGGUAAAACUUGAAAGAAAAUAUGAAAUACGUCGUUUAUCGAUAUGACAGUUAUGCACUUGUGCAAUGUUUUAUUUUAAUUAUGAGUUUUUAAACAGACACGUUGAGCUUUAACUUUUAUAUAGCCUACGAGGAUUCAAAAUUCGAUUUGUAAUUUUCGUAUAAUUUUUAGAAACACGAUUAAUUUUUGUAAAUAAUUGUACUUAUAAGAAUUGAAAUUUUUUAUACGAGAUUUGUUGGUAUAUAUUAUAAUUGAUCGAUAUGAUGUAACAAUGCAACGAAAUGUAUAAAUUUUACAGGAUCUUGUAAAUUAUAAGAUUAUGUACAAGGUAAAAUCAGCCUAUACUGAUUUAAUUACCUUUUAAUCCCACGUUACGUCGUCAGUAUUGUGUAUGUCAGUUACAUUUUAAUAAUAAUACAUCAAAGAAUCUAUUAGAAUACAUAUGUUUAAAUUAGAAUUUUUUAAGAGAAUGUAUUUUUUUUAAUUUUUAUAAAAAUAAGUAAACUAAUGAUAGUAAACAGUAUUAUCAUGAGAAUACUCUUUUCCUUGGUUUUAUUUUUAUAACCAAAUUAAAUUGCAGCCGUGUACUAUUCUUAGAUCUCUCUUUUUCAAUAAAGGUCUGUUCGGAUAUAGUUGUUUAUAUUUUUAUACCGUUAAAAUAAGGUAAGGCAUAUUCUCAGAAAUUUCUAAACAAGAACAAUAGGCUAUCCAUUAUUAUUCAUAUAUUCUAUAUACAUAACUUAUAUUAUUACUUAAAUAUUGGACAACCUAGUGUUUUUGUGCACUUUAUAAAAUCUAAAGUCGAAUCAUUUGAACACAAACCCGAAAUUUCGAUUGUGUGUAUAUUUGAUACAAUAAAUUCUAUUUUAUAAAAUAUACUACAUAAGGGCCUGUUUAGUGGAUACUAGCAAAUAAGCCUGCACAUUCAAAAUUAAAUCGAUCAAGAUAAAUUAUAAUUUCUUCGUUAGCUUGCAUAUUUUGUUAAUAAUUAAAUAUGAUUUAAUUCGUUUUAAACAUGCAAUUAAGAUUUUUAAAUACAAUCAGAACAUUAAAAUGCGUGUACCAAUAAGAAAUAAACGGAAAGUAAUUUUACUUUAUAUAUAUAUAUACGUACACGCACACACGCACACACACAUACACACGUAUAUAUGUAUACAUACAUACAUAUAUAAAUAUAUACGCAUAUACAUACACACAUAUAAAUGCUACAUACACAGAGAUUAAAGUAUGCAAGCUUAGAUGGUCGUUGAUAAUACGUUGGUACACAAGCUCCUCUAUUUAUAAUUACAAAAUCAUUGUAGGUAAACAACUCGUAUCGUAUUAUAAAUAUUUUUUUUACAUAUUCGUUUUCUCGAAGUUUUGUUUUUACUCAACUUUAUUAUACAAAUCUGCCUUUACACAAUUUACGUGACAGAUGCUAACAUCCAGGUACUGCGUCACGAGGUAUCUUGAAAGACAUUUUUAUAACUUAUGGGGCACAAAAUGUCAGUAAUAUUAUAAUUAGCUUUCACAUCUUUUUCUUCGUUUUUUUUGUUUCAUUUUUUUUUCUUUUCAUUGAAUCAAAUAUUUUAGUAAUUCUAAUGUAAUUAAUUAUGUGCAAGCAGUACAGUUUCUUAAAUCCUCCACGAAGCAGGCCAUAAAGUGCAUUUCGUGUAUUAUUAACCAUAUAGUAUAUAUAUCACCAUAGUAUUAAUUUUUAUAAUAAAUAGCAUAAUAACAUUAAUU